AUGAAAUGGAGAUGUGAAUGUUAAUAAAUAUUAGAUUAAUCAAAUGUUACUAUAAUCUAAGGAGGAAAUAGAAAAUACAAUAUUAGUUAAAUAAUUAAUUUGUUGAAUGCUGAUUCUGAUAUCUAAGAUCCAUUUUAUUGCUAAUAACUAUAAAAAAUUAAGAAGGAAUAUGAAAAUUGGUUAAUCAAUUUACAAGAGUUUGAAAACCAAUUAUCUGGCUAAGUAACUCCUAAUUUCAUUCAACUUAUUAAGUUAAUAACUAAGAACCAAUAUUAAGAUAAUAAUUUAUAAACUAAGUUAUGGCAAUAUUAUAUAUAAAUGAUUUGGAUUUAAAAGGCUGAAGAGUUUGUAGAAGCUAAGGCCAAUCCUUAGGCUUACAAGACUUUAAUUUCCUGUGCAACUUAUGCAAAUAUAGAUUCUAAAAAUAUUCUUUUAUUGAAAUUGAAGGAACAUCUCUUUAUAAUGGAUGAUUUAAGUAGAAAACUGAAGGAAUAUUAAGAAUAAAGAUUUUUGUGGGUAAAAAGUAAAGAAUAGAUCAACAAUUUAUAAUCUUAUAAAUCUUUCUAUAAAUAUUUAGAGAACAAGCCUGA